UUGGAAGUAUCAGAGAUUUUGAAGGAAAACGAUAUGGCUGUAGAGAGAAAUCUCUUCUUCCUCAUCAGCAGGAGUUGGAGUGUCCAGAAGAGCCAUUCCAAAGACUUGUAGAACAGUGACGUGACAUGGGUUUUCCUAAAAAUUGCUACAGUACCUUUAAAAAGGGAGUUUUUGUUUUUAAUUGCUUUCUUUAAGUGAAAAGUUCUAAUUACUACUUCUUGGCAUAUGUUUUUGCUGUGUUUGAGGACCUAAUAGUUUAACCAGAAGCAUACUUAAGUUUAGCUCAGAUUUGCAAAUGUAGUGUUGGUAGUGUUGCUUUACAGAGGAACAUGAGAUAUUCCAGGGCAGCCAUCAGCAGUCAGAGUGGUUAUAGUAUGUCAGAAUUGUUUACCUGGGAGAGCACUAUGUGUUUUGGAUUUAUUUAUUUUUUUAUUUUUAAUUCCUUAGCGUUUCUGGGAAAGUAUGUCAGGGGAAUGUUUAUGCUUGUGUUAUGUGUAGGUUUUAGUAACUACUACAUGUGCUACGUAGUAUGAAGCAAUUAGUCGUUGAAGGUUUGCAUGAGUGUAUACUGCUGUGGUUCUGUAACAGCAGAUAGAUGGCAAACAUGAUUUUUUUUUUUAAUUCCCUCUCCUCUCAGUUAGUGUUGAGAUGGCAUACAUUUGUGAUCUAAUGUACAGUUUGAUAAUUCAGUAUUGUCAAAAAAAGCACUUUCAAAAUCCUAUUUAAAGAGAAUAUGGAUUUGGAUUUAACUUAUAAUUUCUACUGACUUUGAAGAAUAAACUGAAAUUUACUUAGCUGGUUGUGCUACUUUAUAAUGGCUUUCAACUGAAAUUAAGUCUUUUAACAAAAAUUGGAGGAAGCAUGUGUUUAACAAGGCAGAUUACAUUCUUGGGCGUUUGAAACUUCUUUAAUAAAUCACCAUUUUUCUUAUUGCUGCAACAUGUUAGAGAUGCUUAUGUUCUGCUUUAAGUGACUCUAGGGUCUGAGCAUACUUAAAUGUAACCAGUUUAAAAGCCGAAGGCUUCUUAACAUCCUCACUGUUGAGGAUGUUAACUUGGAGGGAUGUAACUAGUAAGGCACAUACUCUUUUCUCUUGUAGUGAAAUUCAGCCUCAGAUGCCUAAUGCAAGGAAUAUUUCAGUGUCUCAAAUCACGUCAGAAUAAUUAUUUCAAACAUAAAUAUCUGUUAUUGAAAAUACAGUAGGACAUUCUCUUGAUUUGUCUGAUGUGUAAAUGGCACCGAGAAUACAAAUACAUGUUAGUAACUGACCUUCUCAAGUAGUUCUGACAGCACAGAAUUACUCCCAUCUGCUUUUUAAUACUAGGAUUUUAGACUUAUCUUGCUGAAAAUCAUGUGGAGGUGGAAGAAAACAAUUUAAACAAGACUAGAAGAGGAUGUCACAUUUUAAAAAUAAACAGCAAAAUAAUUGUUUCACACUUUCAAGUAUCUUCACCUUGCAGCCUGAAGUGGGCAGAAGAGAGCUCUUGUCUGUGCUGUGAGUACAGACAAAAAUACUUAGAGGCUAAAGCCUAAACCUCUGACAUGGCCACAUCCUCACCAAGAUCUGAUACAAGUAACAAUCAUAAUGGAAGAUUACAGAUGCAAGUAACAGUUUCUAGUGCCAAACUGAAACGGAGAAAGAAUUGGUUUGGAACAACUUUCUAUACGGAAUUAAGUGCAGAUGGAGAAAUUAAGAAAACAGCAAAAUCAAGUAGUUCUUCAAAUCCAAAAUGGGAUGAGCAGCUGACAGUGAAUGUGACUCCACAGACUACGCUGGAAUUUAGAGUGUGGAGCCAUCACACUUUAAAAGCAGAUGCUUUAUUAGGAAGAGCCACUGUAGACUUGAGACAAGCUUUGGAAAUACACAAUAGAAAAUUGGAGAAGGUGAAAGAGCAGUUGAAACUCUCUUUGGAAAACAAGAGUGGCAUGGUGCAAACAGGUGAACUGACAGUUGUGCUAGAUGGUUUGGUUGUUGAACAAGAAUCUCUUACAAAUCUCAGUUCAUCAGCAACAAUAGAAGUUCAGCAAAAUGGCGAGGCUGUACAUGAAAGCAGAGAUGCUUCAGCAAGAAGUACAUCCAGAUCUGCUUGUGACAUUUCUAAUGGGGUAGACAAUCAAGUACCUUCCGACUCUGUAGAACAGAAUACGUUCUGCGUAGAAGCUGUUAAUGGAGACAGCACACCAUCUCCUACUCACGCUGCAGCUAGGCCCAAAAAUACAUCAGUACCAAAACCACUUGCAGCUCAGCCUGUCAACAGCACUGUUAAUGGCGAGUCAUCCUCCCCUGCACCAGAAGCUGGUAAUUCUUCUGUCUCUCAGGCUCCAGUAGAUUCAGUUGACGCUCCCACAUCUUCAGAUUGCACGGACACUACAGCGGAACCUCAGUCAACAACAGAAGCAGCGAGCUGUUCUGAAAGCCAGGCUUCUGCAUCACCCGUUGCGUCUGCUGGACUAGAACCUGCAGCUGCAAUAGACUGUGCUCAACCUAAUGCUAGAAACAGCGUAGCAGCAGAUGCAGCAAAACCAAGGGAAUCGUCCUCCACCUCGAGUGCAUCUGCAGAACCUGUAAGACAGCAGCCUGGUAAUGCCAGUACAGAACCUUUGCCACCAGGGUGGGAGCAAAGAAAGGAUCCUCAUGGUAGAACCUAUUAUGUUGAUCACAACACACGAACUACAACAUGGGAAAGACCACAGCCCUUACCUCCUGGCUGGGAAAGAAGAGUUGAUGACCGUGGGAGAGUUUACUAUGUGGACCACAACACCAGAACAACAACUUGGCAGCGACCAACAAUGGAAUCAGUCAGAAACUUUGAGCAAUGGCAGUCUCAACGGAAUCAACUGCAGGGAGCUAUGCAACAAUUUAACCAACGAUACCUCUAUUCGGCUUCGAUGUUGUCAGCAGAAAAUGACCCACUUGGGCCUUUACCACCAGGUUGGGAAAGGAGAGUGGAUUCAAAUGAUAGGGUGUAUUUUGUAAAUCAUAACACCAAGACAACACAAUGGGAAGACCCUCGAACUCAAGGUUUACAAAACGAGGACCCUCUUCCAGAGGGCUGGGAAAUCAGAUAUACAAGAGAAGGUGUCAGAUACUUUGUUGACCAUAAUACAAGAACAACCACCUUCAAUGAUCCUCGUACUGGGAAAUCUUCUGUAAAUAAAGGGCCACAGAUUGCUUAUGAGCGUAGCUUUAGGUGGAAACUUGCUCAUUUCCGUUACUUGUGUCAGUCCAAUGCACUGCCAAGUCAUGUGAAAAUCAAUGUAUCCAGACAGACUUUGUUUGAGGAUUCCUUCCAGCAAAUUAUGGCAUUAAAACCCUAUGAUUUGAGGAGAAGACUGUAUGUUAUAUUCAGAGGAGAAGAAGGAUUGGAUUAUGGUGGCUUGGCAAGAGAAUGGUUUUUCUUGCUUUCCCAUGAAGUACUGAACCCUAUGUACUGCCUAUUUGAAUAUGCUGGCAAGAGCAACUAUUGCCUGCAGAUAAAUCCAGCAUCAACAAUCAAUCCAGACCAUCUUUCAUAUUUCUGUUUCAUUGGGCGCUUUAUUGCCAUGGCAUUGUUUCAUGGGAAAUUUAUUGACACUGGUUUUUCUCUGCCUUUCUACAAACGAAUGCUGAGCAAAAAACUUACUAUUAAGGACCUAGAAUCUAUUGAUACUGAAUUUUACAACUCCCUAAUUUGGAUAAGGGAUAACAACAUUGAAGAGUGUAACUUGGAAAUGUACUUCUGUGUGGAUAUGGAGCUCUUAGGAAAAGUAACCUCACAUGAACUGAAAUCAGGAGGUUCAAAUAUCUUGGUAACUGAGGAAAACAAAGAAGAAUAUAUUGGGCUAAUGGCUGAGUGGCGAUUUUCUCGGGGAGUUAGAGAACAAACCAAAGCUUUUCUUGAUGGUUUUAAUGAAGUUGUUCCUCUACAGUGGCUACACUAUUUUGAUGAAAAGGAGCUGGAGGUUAUGCUCUGUGGUAUGCAAGAAGUUGAUUUAGCAGACUGGCAGAGGAACACUGUUUAUCGUCAUUAUACAAGGAAUAGCAAGCAGAUCAUAUGGUUCUGGCAGUUUGUAAAAGAAACAGACAACGAGGUUCGCAUGCGACUUCUGCAGUUUGUCACUGGCACUUGCCGAUUACCACUGGGUGGAUUUGCUGAACUUAUGGGAAGUAAUGGUCCUCAGAAAUUCUGCAUUGAAAAAGUUGGUAAGGAAACCUGGUUACCAAGGAGUCACACUUGUUUUAAUCGUUUGGAUUUGCCACCAUAUAAAAGCUAUGAACAACUAAAAGAGAAGCUGCUCUUUGCCAUUGAAGAAACAGAGGGAUUUGGUCAAGAGUAAGAAGUGGCUUCUAGUCAAAAAGGGAGAUCUUGCAUAACAAAAGGCCCAGCCAACUAAAAUUGCACAUUUAAUUGUAUAUAAGCUUUUUGUUCUGUACAGUGAUCUUUCUGGAACUCUAAAAGUAUAAUUGUUCUCCGUUCUUCCACAAAGAUAUGCAAAACAGUUCAGCCUUUUCUACUUUUAUUUAUUGCCCUUCCAAAAGACCAGAAAAACCCCUCAUAAAUUUUGAAAGCAGACAAGAGACUUAUUUAAAAUAUAUAUAAGAAGUAUAAAUAUAUAUACGAAUAGGCUCUAGUUUUAUAGAGCUUUAACUGUAUGAAAAGUUGCAGCCAUUUAAAAGGGCCUGGAUUUGCUUUAUCUUGGCUUUAUUAUUCAGAAAAAUGUUUAAACUGCUCUGUGUUCUCUCUUAAGAAACAUCUCCAAGUUUGUUUUAUUGCAUGGCUGUUCUAAAAGGUGUUAAAGGCUUAGGCCAAACGUAUCCUAAAUAUGUAGAAAGAUGCUGCUGGUAUUUGAGACGACAGAAUAUGUUGUUCUGUCAGUUUAAUUUUUUAAAAUACGUAAAUAGCUGAUAUAUCCCUCUCUACUGAUGUAGCCAAGGUCAUGAGUAAAGCCUUUACUACUUGCACAAAAGUCAUGUACAAUAAGAUGAAUGUGAUUUAAUGUUGAAAGGAAUUGGUGCCACUGUUCUGACUUAUUGUAGGAGCUGAACAGAAUAUUUUAAUUCAUUUGAGCAGCAUUGAAAUUUGUUUACAUAUUACCUUGGGUUAUUACCACGAGGAUGUUAGGUAAUCUUCAAAGAAAAACUAAUAAUAAAAGAGAAAAUAUUACACAUUCUCUCCUUGGUCUGGUGUCUUACAGGUUUCUUUGGUUUGGUUUUUUGUUUUGCUUUUCAAUCCCUGAUGUCCUUUGUACAACUCUGUAUAGAGUAUGUUAAUGUACACUGAGCUGUAAGGGUAUACGAAAGAUAAUGUGAACUUUGCUGCUUUCUGUGUUCAUCCUGUUUCAGUUAUUGGAUCUAGUAAACCCAAAUAAACUGAAAGUUACAUAAGCUCUGCACAGAUAAAAAUAUCCUUAAGUAUUAAAUACUCUUAUUCCUCUUAAGUUCUUACAGAAAUUCAGAUGUACCUGAAUUAAGUAUGUCUAAAACCUGUCAUUCUUUUGUGUAGGUCAAGUUUGUCCUAAGUGCACAAUAGUAUAAAGGCAUUUUAAAAUUAGGUUUAUUGGCAUUGAGGGCUGAACUGCAAAUAUGUGUUUAAAACCCCCCUGAAUUUAACACCUUAUUCAUGUGAAUGAUAUUAAAUGCUACUUUUAGCAAAGCGUGCUUCCUUAUAAAGUAAAACCAUGUUUAAAAUUA